AUGGGAGUUACAUUCACAUACAUUUAUCAGCUAACGUUCUUCACUGCUGUUAUGGCUUAUAGUGGUGAACGUGAAGCUCGGGGUUUACAUUCGCUCACAAUGAAACCAGUAGUGGAUCCAGACAAAGCCGGUAAGUUGGCAGCUUUUUGA